AUGGUACCCUUGCGGCGUUAUGAUGGUCGCUCUGUUGCUGAGAAAUUUCUGCGUCUCUGUUUGAAGUUUGGUCCGCCGCGUGUGGUGCGUUGCGACAAUGGUCAUGAGUUCCGCAAUGCUAUUGUGUCUUCUUUGUUGGAUGUUUUUGGUGUUUGCGUUCGUACUGGUGCGGUCCGUCACCCUCAGUCGCAGGGUGGCGCCGAGAGAUUCAAUCGUACUAUUCUCACUCUUAUUCGCAAGUUGUUGAAUACUGCUGCCGAUUGGCUAGCCGAGCUAGAGAUUCUCCUCUUCUUCUACCGUACUCGUCCGCAUAGUGAAUUGAAGAUUUCUCCCAUGCAUGCUAUGUUUGGCUGGGAGCCUCGUGCUCUAUUUGUGGACGGUAUACCAUCUACUCUUUCGUCCUCUCUUUGGGUUGAUGGUGUGUGUGAUAAGGCUGCUCGGGUUCACGACUAUUUGACGGCGGUUGUUGCAGAGCACGCCCCUGCGCCUGUUGUUGAGUCGCCUUCUUGUCCGCAUGUUGUUGGUGAUCGUGUUCUAUUGCGUAACCCUGAUCGUCGCCAGAAACGUCAGCCCCCGUUCGAUUCUGGUUGGUCAGUUAAACAUGUUAUUGGUCCUGCCAGUGUUGUGAUUUGCCGUGUGCAUCCUGAGUCAGGUCGUCGUCAGGAAAAGGUGGUCAACGUCGAGCUCUUGAAGCGUGAUGUUGGUUUGGUUGUUCCUGAUGUGCCGUGUGCUUCUCUAGUGCCCCUGCCUGAUGUGCCGUGUGCUCCUCUAGUGCCCCUGCCUGAUGUUGGCGAUGUUCGCGUUGAUGGUCCUCGUGAUGAUGGUGAUGAUGAUGUUUGGAUGUCGUAUGGGCCUGCAGUAGACCCUAGCGUUCUCGAGAUGAAUGAAUGGAAUGUUGCUUUCAUGUGGCUUGUACGCCAGUACACCUAA